AUGACCAAUGCCGUCUUCCAAGACUGGAUUACAGGCUUCAAUAAACGCAUGAAAGCACAGCAUCGCAAUAUUAUCUUCCUGUUAGAGAAUGCUACAUUGCACAGUCAAGUGAAUCUUAACAAUGUCAAAAUUGUGUUCUUGCCUCCAAAAGCAAAAUCAGUGCUACAACCUCUUGACCAGGGCAUCAUUCAUGCAUUCAAAGCCCACUACAAAAAGCGCCUAGUCCACUCUGUGUUAUCAAACAUGGAUAAAAGCAAACUUGGUGAAAGUGUCAGUGUGCUAGAAGCUUGUGUUUGGAUCAAUUCUUCGAUGCGUGAAACCAAGACCAGCACAGUAUCAAAGUGUUUUACGAAAUGUUUCAUCAGCUCCCCCUCAAUUGACAACAGUGAAGAUGAAGACUACUAG